GUUACCGUUGCAACUCCGCCCCCUCUAACAACGCUGCCCUCCUUCCCCACUCCGCCCUCUCUUUCUCUCUCACACGCUCACUCCAUCUCCGCCUGCUAUUGCUACCGCAAUCGAAAUGGCUUCGGAGGCCAAACCGUCGGCCGUUCGAGCGGUCCGGAAGCUGAUGGGAGCGGGCGCAUCCGCCAUCCUCGGCCGCGGCUUCAACUCCUCGAAAUGCAAGACGGAGGCGAAGAUGGCGACGGCGCGGAUAAAGCUGCUGCGGAACAAGCGGGAGGCGCAGGUGCGGCAGAUGCGGCGCGACGUCGCCAUGCUUCUCGAAUCCGGCCGCGACGAGACCGCUCGCAUCAGAGUUGAGCAUGUUAUUAGAGAACAAAAUGUUAUGGCAGCCAAUGAGAUCAUUGAACUUUUCUGUGAGCUAUUAGUGGCUCGCCUUCCUAUCAUUGCAAAACAAAGGAUUUGCCCACCAGAUUUGAAAGAAGGUAUUUCAAGCUUGAUAUAUGCUUCACCAAGGUGCUCAGAAAUUCCGGAACUUAGCAGAAUUGUUCAUAUGUUUGAAAAGAAAUAUGGAAAAGAUUUUGUAUCUGCUGCAACAGAUCUACGACCUGAGUCUGGUGUAAACUGCAUGCUUAUUGAGAAGUUAUCAGUCAGGAAGCCAACUGGUGAAAUUAAGCUGAAAGUCCUCAAGGAAAUAGCAAAGGAGUAUCGGGUUACGUGGGAUGCGGCAGAGUCUGAGCAGGAGCUUCUCAAACCUCCAGAGGAAGCUUUAGAAGGACCAUGCACCUUCACUAGUGGUGCAAGCUUCCCUGCUAAACCUACAUUGCCACUACAUGACAUACAACCAAACGAACAUUAUAUCAGGCCUAACAACAACAGAGAAGGUUCUAUUUUGCAAUUCAAUGAUCCCAUGUCGGCUGCUGAAGCUGCUGCAGAGUCUGCAGAGAAAGCAAUUCAGGCUGCACAAGCUGCAGCUCAUCUUGCCAAUCAGAAUUCUCAUUCAUUUGAUCAGCCAACGCAAAUGGACACCUUGAUAUGCAAUCUCAACAAAUUUAAUCAGCCAGAGAGACUGCAGAGACAGUCUCUCAGUUCUUGUCAACCAUAUGGAACAAAUGAUCUUUCGGAAAAUGAAGUCAAGCCCCCAGGAAAGUUUUUCAAUUCACAGAGUUUCAAUUGUUCAAACAAUAUGGAUGAUGACAGCAUGGAUACUGUCAACCUGGAUGAGAAAAGAAUACUGAGGAGGAACAGCUGCACAACACAUACUGCACAUUCAGACAUAAAGUUUGAUGAUUCAGAUGGACUCGAAUCGGAUACCGAUGAAGAACUUGAGAUGGAUUCACCUCCUCUGGAGAGUCAUCGCCCACCAAGUAGGCCUCCUCCUGUGUUGCCUUCGCAACAGGUUCAUUCUGAAGAAUCAUAUGCUGAUAGUCACCAAGAGUCAUCAAAGAAAAACUCAGGUACUCAUGUUCAUCCAAAGUUGCCUGAUUAUGAAGCUUUAACUGCCCGCUUCGAAGCACUAAAGUCGCGGAGGAUCUGAGUUAUACUGUUAAAACAUCUACAACUGAGUGCAUUCAUCUCUCCUUCAUUUACUGCAGACCGAAGCUAAAGCAUCUUGAUUGCAUACUCUACAGUUUCCUCACAUACAUCUCUAGUCCCUUACAUGUGUUCUGUGUACUUGUUGACUAGUUGAUGAGUCAUGCUGUUCUUGUUGAGGUGUUCGAGUUGAAGCUUGUUCACCUUUCGAUGGGGUAGAAG